UAGCUUAAUAUUGUUAAUUCUUGCAGGCAUGACCAUGUUUAGGUAUUCCUUGAGGCUUACUCACAGAGCACAAAUAUCAAGAAAAUCACUUGAUUGGAAUUCAAGGGCAAGCCAAGUGCAACCAAAAAGUUUCAAGUCAACUAUAUCGUUUUCUUCCACCCAUGAUUACAUCAUUGUUGGAGGUGGAUCUGCUGGUUGUGUACUAGCCAAUCGACUUUCAGACAAUCCAGAUUUAAAGGUGCUUCUCCUUGAAGCUGGACCAAAGGACAAUUCAUGGAGAAUCCAGAUGCCAGCGGCAGUGUCGUAUAACUUAGACAGCGACAGCCAUAACUGGUACUACACAUCAGAACCUCAGCAAAAUUUGCAAAAUAGGACCAUGUACCAUCCAAGAGGUCGAGUAUUGGGCGGAUCUUCGUCCAUAAAUGCAAUGAUUUACGCGCGAGGACAUGCGUUUGAUUUUGACAGAUGGGACAGAGAAGGGGCCACAGGAUGGUCUUACGCCGACUGUCUGCCAUACUUCAAGAAAUCAGAAACCUAUGAGCUUGGUGCUAGCCAGUACCGAGGAGGAAGCGGUCCAUUGCGCGUGUCACGUGGUACAUCCUCCAAUACCCUACACGAGGUCUUCCUCGCCGCUGGUACCGAGGCCGGCUAUCCAUUCACAGACGACUUUAACGGUUACCAACAGGAAGGAGUUGGGCGGCUAGAUCGUACCGUACAUGACGGAAAACGCUGGAGUACUGCGACCGCUUAUCUAAAGCCCGCUCUGGAACGGAGUAACUUAGUUACGGAAACCAGGGCGCUGGCAAACAGAGUGCUGUUUGACAAGGACAAAGCUAUCGGGGUAGAAUACCGCGCGGGGAACUCCACGAAACGCGUGCGCGCUUCAAGAGAAGUGAUUAUUUGUGGCGGGGUGUUCAAUUCUCCUCAGCUUCUCAUGCUGUCUGGUAUUGGAGAUGAAGUCGACUUGAAAGCGUUGGGAAUACCUGUGGUGGCUAAUUUACCAGGAGUAGGAAAAAAUCUGCAAGAUCACGUGCAAGUGUAUGUUCAAUUUGAAUGCCUCCAGCCAGUAACACUUAACAGCGCGUUUAAACUUCACAACAAGGUCUUGGCGGGAGCACAGUGGUUCUUGUUCAAGAACGGAACGUGUGCCACAAACCAUUUUGAAAGCGGUGGCUUCGUCAAAAGUGACCCUGGUGUAUCGCACCCGGAUAUAGCGUUACAAUUUGUUCCUGUUGUCAUGAGAGAAGCAGGCGAAUCUGAUUUGAUCCAACACGGAUACCAGCUCUGUGUUGAAACACUUAAACCCAGCAGCCGAGGCUUUGUCAAGCUGAGGUCACGUGAUCCACUCACUCAUCCUGUCAUUCAGCCAAACUAUCUGACACAUGACAGCGAUCGCCGGCUCAUGAGGACCUGCGUACGAAUAGCGCGUCACGUGCUCAGCCAAAAGGCCUUUGAACCUUACAGAGGAAAAGAAUUGAGACCAGGUUCAACUUGUAAAACAGAAGACGAUAUAGAUUCUUUCGUACGAGAAUAUGCCAAGACAGAUUAUCAUCCCUGUGGCACGUGCAAGAUGGGAGCCGACGAUGAUCCGACGGCUGUUGUCGACAAGAACACGCGAGUCAUCGGAGUCGACAAUCUUCGGGUGGUGGAUGCGUCUGUCAUGCCUAGUGUAGUCAGCGGUAAUCUGAAUGCGGCCACGAUCAUGAUCGCGGAAAAAGCAGCGGACUGCAUUUUAGGGAAAUCGCCAUUGCCAAAGGAACAUGUACCCGUCUAUGGCGUGUCCUGAUCUCCCACUGAAACUGUAUUGUGGUAUUCUUCAAAGUCCCCCACCCACUACAGUAGUUUUAUUGGCUUUUGAGGGCAAUUUGAAAUCCUACAUUUUGGACGUAAUACCGAGCGCGCAAGAUAGCCACAUGCGUUUUGGGCCGCAAAACAAACCUGCCUUACGGACCCUACUACGCGUGCUCUCAUUGGUCGAUACGUGUGUUUAGAUGAGAGUAUGUAAACACGGUUGUGACGCUUUAGAUUCGCGCUUUUCUUCGAGAAUUAUUUUAUAAAAGCAAUAGAGCACUCUUCCGUGUUUACAUAGCCUCAUCUAAUCACUCGGGUACUGGCAGAGUUCUCGAAAGUUAUGCAAACCUUCGACUAUACGUCUCGGAUUUGCAUAACUGUCUCGAAUUCUCCCAACCCUCCUCGUGUUUAGAUGAGGUUAUGUAAACACGGAAAACGUGCUCUAUUGCUUAAAUAUAGAAAGUCAGCAAAUGGGGAAGAUAUUGAUACGACUUGACAGUCGCUUUUCAAUAUCUCCAAUUAGAUUGAAAAUUAGUUAAAGGCUAUGAUGGUGUGAACACAAAUUUUGGAUAACACAAAUUAUUUCAGGGCUCAACCUUUCCGGCCGCAGGAACAAGACGAACAUUGGCUUUCCCUUUUUUGGUAAGAUUAUUUUUCUGCGGCCAACGUGGCGGAGAAGUUUCACCGUACUUCCAUUCCAUAAAAUACCGAAACGUGUUUAUCUGGGGCGCGACUUAAAUCUCUUCCUUCUUUUUACACGUCAAUACAACACAAUGAAACAUUGCAACUGAAAACUUGAAGACUGGACGACAACAGAAUGGCGAAGUGUCAUUUUUUUUAAUGAAAGCACUUCAAGAAAAACAAGUAACUUGACUCUACAUCCAUGACCUUUCUGUGGCCGGGUCGAGAGAGUUUUCCUCCGAUAGUGGAACGAGCUAUUUUCGGAUUCUCGAGACCCUAAGCUGGACUGAAUUCCAAUAAUUUUGUUUUGUUUACCAAUACAGUCUUCAUUUUGAGGUGACUUUAGUUACCCCGGGAAAAUCUGAUAUCUUUCGCGCUCUGUAAUCUGUAACUUUCCUACGGCUCAAAUUAAACUUUGGACUUACUUUCAGUUAAAAGCAGUUAUUUCGAACGUAUGGUCUCAAAAAACUAAAAUUUACAAUAACAAAUUCGAAAAUCGCUUGUUGCUAAGGCAACUAGAUUUCUUCUGUUGAACAAAUGAUUGACAAUUAAUCAGUCGAAACGAUCAAAUUUGGAGGGGGAAAUGACGAUUCGCUUUCACGUUAAAAUACUUCAUACCAAGAAUUUUCUUUCCUUUUAAGGAGGAAGACGUUUCUUCUAGAACAAACCAUGACGUGUGAGGCAUUUGAUGACCCUGCCAUCGUAUCAAAUAUAUUUGAUGAACUUUGUUAGACACCCAGGGGGUACUCUCAGAAAAAUUGGGUGGGGGUGUGCGGACCACUUCCCAAAACCCUUACACUAUUUAUGACCAAA